UAAAUUGAGCUUUGAAUACAAUUAUCGUAGGAGCGGAUAUGAUAAGAGGUGGAAUGCACUAUAUGAACCGUGCUGGUGGACCGUACUGGACGAACUACGAGGUCCAACCGGAACACCCAAAUUUGCAACCAAUGAUGGACACUUUUCAAAGAGUCUCUCGGUUGCGGGCAUAUGAAGCUCCUUUGGAGGUCAUUGAAUCAGUGCUGAGGUACUUGGGAGCAAUAAACAUAAUCAGCACCGCAAUCAUACUCACAUGCAAAGUGGCACACGUCCGAAAGGAUCUACUUAUUCAAUGGCUGUUGGUGCGAGACCUGCUGCGCCGAAAACCAAAAGAGUACCGAAUAGUUCCGUCGGGGAAUGCGCAUAAAGUCGAAAAAGCUGUGAUUGAAGCAUUGCACAAAUCCCGCACAUCAGAUAGAGGGGUUGAACUUGAAUCAUGGGGUGUACGCCCGAAAGGAAUUUUUACGAAAAUGCAGAACGAAGUCACGACGACAGAGAUCGGAUUAGGAAAGCGGGAGGAUGUCGGUGAGGAGAAAAAGCACAGUUCGGCAGGGUACGCAAAGGUAAAGCUGAAUCCGAUGAAAUCAGCAGCGAGAAACAACACACAAGAGCCAGCGAUACAGUCGCAUAGAAUCUAUUCCCUAUGAUGCGCUGCGUUGUAUAAUCACAAUUGUGCCAAAAGAAGACAGAAACCAAACAUACGGGAAAGCUAUUUGUAAA